CUUGUCUCCUGCAGCAUGUUCACUCGUCUCCUCUCCUCCCUCCCUCCCCCCUUCCUCUUCACCCUCCUCGUCUUCGUCGCCGCGGCCGUCGUCCUGUUCCUCGUCGGACGUCCGUCCUCUGCUCCCCCGGCUCCUCGCUCCAUCCCCUGCCUGCCGUGGCUCCCCGUCCUGGGCAGCCUCCCCUGGCUGGGAGGAGGCCUCCCCCCGCACCUCCUCUUCUCCCAGCUGGCCCGAAGGUACGGCUCUCUGUUCGCCCUCUACCUCGGGCCUCACUACACUGUGGUGGUGAACGAGCAUCAGCACGCGAGGGAGGUCCUCCAGCAGAGAGGGAGGGACUUCGCCGGGCGACCGAGCAUGUUCACCACCGACCUGUUGACCAGAGGAGGAAAAGACAUCGCCUUCUCUGACGACUCUCCUCUCUGGAAGUUGCACCGCCGCCUCGUGCACAACUCCUUCACCCUGUUCGGAGAAGGGACCAGUCGCCUGCAGGACAUUGUUCUGUCCUCGGUGGACAGUCUGUGCGUCGAGCUGCUGUCUGGCGGGGGGCGUGGCUUCGACCCGUCUCCCGCGGUGACCAGGGCCAUCACCAACGUCGUAUGCACGCUGGUGUUCAGCGCCACCUAUCGCCACGGCGACGCCGAGCUGCAGGAGGUCAUCCGGUACAACGACGGCAUUGUGCAGACGAUCGCCGGGGGAGGACUGGUGGACAUUUACCCCUGGAUGAAGGUAUUUCCUAACACCUCCCUCAGGAAACUGAAGGACUGUAUCAACGUCAGAGACCGACUGCUGACCCGUAAACUGGAGGAACACAAGGCCUCGCUGAGUGACGGUGACCCUCGUGACCUUCUGGACGCCUUGCUGAAGGGCCAGGCGGACAGGUCGCCCGGGUCGGAGGACGAGCAGAUCACGGACGACCACGUCCUGAUGACGGCGGCCGAGGCCUUCGGAGCCGGGGUGGAGACGACGUCCACCACCCUGCUGUGGAUCCUGGCCUACCUGCUGCACCACCCGGAGGUCCAGGGUCGUGUGCAGGAGGAGCUGGACGAGCAGGUUGGCGGCGGGCGAGCGGUGAGCGCGUCGGACCGUGGCCGGCUGCCGUACCUGGACUGUGUCAUCAACGAAGGCAUGAGGAUCCGACCCGUCAGCCCCGUACUGAUCCCACACACCGCCAUGACCCACAGCAGUAUCGGCGGUCACUCCGUCAGCCGCGGGACUCGUGUCUUGGUCAACAUGUGGUCGAUUCACCACGACCCCCGACACUGGGACAAACCCGACCUGUUCAACCCAGGUCGCUUCCUUGACGACCAGGGUCAGCGGGUCACACCCUCCUGCUUCCUGCCAUUCGGGGCGGGCCCUCGGGUCUGUGUCGGGGAAUCACUGGCCAGGCUGGAGCUCUUCCUCUUCUUGUCGUCUCUGCUCCAGCGAAUGAGCUUCCGGCAGCCAGACGGGGCUCCCCCGCCCAACCUGCAGGGGCGGCUGGGUGUGGUCCUGCAGCCAUUACCUUAUAAGGUCGUCAUUACUCCAAGGGAAGGGUGGGAGGGCGGAGCAAAGUAAAACAAAAAAGGGGGGAGGGGUCAGGACAAGGAAGUAUGACACAAAGUUUUGUUGAAGUUAAGAAUUUAAAUAAAAACAGUCAGGAAACUUUGCAGGUGUGGUGGAGGUAAAAAUGAAUGCGGAGUUACAAGAUUGGUGUGGCCCCACCCGUGAGCACUGAGUAAUGCUAAUGCUAAUCUUACGUGUUGCUCCUUUUGCAGAUUCAGAUUCUAACCCUAAUGCUAUGCUACUUGAUUGAUAUACAAUUAAAAAUAAAGUGUGAAUAAAGUAGAAA